AUGGAUAAAAAAAUUUUUAACUAUACAUCUAUUCAUUAUAUACGAUGUACCAUAUAUUCAAUAUCAAAUAUCAAGUUUUCAGAAAUUAGUACUAGUAAAACAUAUUUUAAUAAAGAAUGUUCAUAUGAAAAUAUAGAAAAAUUAGAAAUAGAUAUUUCAUUGGAAGAUGGUAAAAUGUCAGAAAAGAAUAUGAUGGCAGCAGGAAAGAAGGUAUCUGAAUUAUUGAAUGAAAUACCAAAUAUUACAGCAUUACAUCUUAGAUACCUUCAACGGCCAUUUUCAGAAUAUUUAUUUGAAUAUUUUAUUAAAGAAAUUAUAAAUCAUAAUGUUUCAAUAUUGAAAGUAUUUUUUAAUGAUCAGUUGGAUUGUUUUUAUCAAAAUAUGUCUAUAAUUAGUAGUUAUAAUUUGUUUAAUGGUUUUGAAAAUCUUAAGUUAUUUAAAAUUGUUGUCAUUUAUGAUACUUUUCAUAGUGACAUUAAGGAGAUAAUUGAUGCUGCUAGUACUAUUGAUAAUAUAACUAUUGAAAUUAUACAGGAAUAUUCUUUUGAUGCUAUUAAGGAUUGCUUAUAUAAAAUGAAACAUGACAAUACAAAUUCUACCUGCUUAUGUAGGAAUAAACACUGGACAUUAGAUAUACUAUCAUACAUUAUAAAAAAAAGAAUUUUCUUAUCUAUACCAAAGACAAAACCUAUUUUUUUUGAUUUUAAUGAAUUAUUUCCUACAUUGUCAAUUUUGGAUUUUGGAUAUAUUCGUAGAUUACAUAUUAAAUUGGUAUCAUAUCUUGAAUUACGUAAAUUUUGUACAUUUUUGCCAUUAAUGUCAAAUUUGGAAUUGUUAUCACUUCAUAUUGAUGUCAACACUGACAACAUACUAUUUCAACCCACUUAUUUACCUCAAGUAAUAAAAAAUAAUUGGACAAAGUUAUGUCCUGAAAUGAAUUCACCAUCCAGUACACUUUUUGACAAAAUCGUAUUUAAGGAAUCUAAAUCUCAUAUAUAUAAAUCAUUUAAAUUUCUCAAAAAAUUGAAAACAAUCCAAUUAACUUUAGAUAUUUUUAAUCCAUCAGUUGGGCAUUUGGUAAUUGAACCUUAUCAAAAGAAUCCUCCAAUAGUUCAAAAAUAUAAAAGACUUUAUGACAAUGAGAUACUUUCUUUUUUAAGUAAAGCACCAAAAGAUGUAGAAAAUUUGUAUUUACGUAGGAUACCAAAAAUUAAAUUUAUGUCAACAUUUUUAUUAAAUGAAUACUUUCCAAAUUUAAAUUUUUUAUGUUUGGGAGAAAUUUUAGAUAGUGAAAAGAAAUGUCUUACAAAUUUGAAGAAUCUUAAAAUUUUUGUAUCACAUUAUAAAAAUGAUUUUGAGUUACCAGAUACUAUUGAAUCAUUUAUGUCAUGUAUUAAUUAUUUUUCCUCAACCAAAGAACUUAAUUUAGAUGAGGAAUCAUUUCCUGAUUAUUACAAAUAUUUAAAUAAAUUCAGUAAUGUUUGUACAUUGAAUGGAUCAAUUAAGGGUAAAGUAUUUUUUAAUGAUCAUCAAGCUUUCACAAAUAUUAAACGUCAUUUUUCUGAUAUUGAAGAAAUGGCAUUUGGUAAAUAG